UGACAACCAACUGAAGAGCGAUUUUGCACCUCUUCCCAAAUUGCUUUAUAUGUUGAUUUAUAUUUUGUCUUGUUCGUAGGAAUUGUAAUAUUAACACAUUCGACGUUACACUAUUGGAUAUUUCUAUCGUUUAUUUUUUUGUCAAGGUAGCUUAAGAUGUUACUAUCCGAGUUGAGGUUUCUAGGAUUCAUACGUGGUCUACACCAUAGUAAUAGAGCCAGCUUUCGUCAUGGAAUUAUUCAAAGGAUGUUUUAUGAAACAAAAUCAGUUCCUGACUGGAAAAAGCAAAAGCUAGCGUUGAAAAGAAAAAUACAGGGCAAUUGGAAUCCAAAGAAAAAAUUACCAUUGGAAUCCAUGAAUGAGAUCCGAAAACUUAAGCAAGAUGAUCCUUCAUUAACAUGCUCCGUACUGGGGAACUUGUAUGGUGUUUCUCCUGAAAGUAUUCGUCGUAUUCUAAAAGCACCAAAGCGUGUACCAAGUGAAAAAGAAUUGAAGCGCAAAGAACGAAGGUCAAAGUACCCAGAUUCAACAGAUCAAUAUGAUGAAACGAAAACUUAAGACUCCCGGUCAUACCUUCUCCAUCGCAAGAAAUAACCCCUCUUUUAACUUAUGUUGGGUUGCAUGUCCGCUAAUUCAGACCAAAAGACACUCAAUAUCAUAUCAUAAAUUAUCAUCGCUGGGUUUCAAGUUUUGUUUAUCAUUCUGUCAUCUAUAAGGCGAAAGCUUUGAUCUGUACCCUGUAAUUUCACUAUGUUUUUUCAAGACGUCAGUACUAUGUUUUCGCAUAUCGGCCAAGGAAAAGUUCGUGAGUAACUUCUUUAUCCAUGUUGAGAUGAUUCAGUAUCUGUCUGUUUCUCAAUGCUGCAUUUUGGUGUCAUGAAGGUUUCUGUGAACGUAUCCUUCUGCUUUUAAUUUUACUGUUUAUACACAUGAUUAAGCCACUUUACAAAUAUACAGACAAAUCGAAAGAUGGAAGCAGACUGUUAUUAUGAACGACUUUAAACAAAACUAAAGUACAAAAUCACAGAGUAAAACUAUGUACAUUACGACUACAGGAUAGAAUAUAUUUCUUUUCUCCUA